AUGCAACAGACUUUCGAUGUUCCGCGGCGGACAGCCGAAGUGAAAAAUUUUUUUCAGGAUUCACUGAAGAAUGUGCGUGAUGGCAUGAGAUGGCGGUAUUUUGUCAGCGUUGUUGGAGGAGCCCAGCAGGAUGAUAUUCGACGCGACUUGCGCCAGUUCUGGAGCGGCUCGAACAAAGAAAUUCGAGUACACGGCAAAAUACGGGAGCGUGCAGCAGAAAAUGUUGCUGAUGCAUUUCAACGUUUUAUGGAUGAUGAGACGUGGAGGUAUGAAGGCGAGAUUGGCGAUGCUGUCAUCGACUCUUUCCUGGACGGUUGCUGUGCCACAACAAAAUUGCCAUCUGUGCUGCAGUCUUCAGAGGCAUCCAACGCGAAAUCCGACGGAGCGAUCGAAUUCGCCGAGCAGUUCCAGUUCAUUAUGCGAAAUUCGUCACCCGAACGACUGAAUUUAGUAAUCGCAUGGGAGAAGAAAAUGGGCGAUAAAAUGUUAUCUCUUAUACGUGCACGUGACUUCGAACUGGACAGGAUGUAUCGUGAGUGUGAGCAGGCUGUGAGUGCCAGCGCCAGUGAUAACGGUCAGGCACUUCCGCAAAGUGGACAGCAUUUGAGCCGCUUGAAUGAACGAAUACGAGAAGUGAGCAAAAAUUACUCGGACCAGAUUGGUGCGUUAACAUCGCAGCAUCGCAUAUUUUACAGGAAUUUGAUCAGAAAUUUGUAUGAAAACGAUGAAGUUCCGGUCGGCGCUGAAUUGGCUUUGGCUUCGCACACUCUUCCUGUGCAGAGGUGUUUAGAUCUGUGCGGUUUGUCAACUAGUUCUGCUAUGUUGUCUCUUAUACGUGCACGUGACUUCGAACUGGACAGGAUGUAUCGUGAAUGUGAGCAGGCUGUGAGUGUCAGCGCCAGUGAUAACGGUCAGGCACUUCCGCAAAGUGGACAGCAUUUGAGCCGCUUGAAUGAACGAAUACGAGAAGUGAGCAAAAAUUACUCGGACCAGAUUGGUGCGUUAACAUCGCAGCAUCGCAUAUUUUACAGGAAUUUGAUCAGAAAUUUGUAUGAAAACGAUGAAGUUCCGGUCGGCGCUGAAUUGGCCUUGGCUUCGCACACUCUUCCUGUGCAGAGGUCUUCAUCGACGUUAUCAAGUUCCGAUUCGAACAAAUCACCCACGAAAUUCUCGUUGGAUGAAAGCUUCACAAUAUACUUAGGUGCCCAGUUGAAGACAAUGCAUAAUGCACGUCUGCUGACCUGCGCAAGUCUGACUGAUAUCUGUAAUCCGUCGCAGCUUCCCGAAGAUGAUGCUCUGACGACGCGGCGCUUGCAUAUGAGCUUGGCAUUGUAUGGAAGGGAAUUGAGCGGCCUGGUACUCCUUGUUGGCGGAGAUCCCAUGUAUCAUAUCAACUUCGCGAGGAUUUGUGAGCGUUCCACAGAGCUUCAUUUCGAAUCGUUGGAGGAUCAGUUAAAACAUUUACCACUUUUGGUCAUUUUUCAUUUGAUUGGUGAUAAAUCGCUGGAAAAGGAUGAAAUUUCUAGCAGACAUCCUUGCAUUAAUGGAUUGCGUAAUGCAGUUCAGAUAUGCGCGAACUGUGGUGUCACAACAUUCACAAUUCCUCUUUUACUUGUCGAAAAAUCAAACGAGCACAUGACGGCGAAUUGGUGCAUGAAACGAGCGGAGCUGGUUUUCAAAUGUGUCAAGGGAUUCAUGAUGGAAGCUUGCUCGGGUAGCUCAACCGCUGGUGGAGGUGCACCGACUGCAACAACACAUUUUAAUGUUAAUUUUGCGCUACCGCAAGAUUUACAAAGUACUAUUUUCACGCAGAUUCUCGAACUGUUCCCUUCAAUAUUUCACUUGGUACCCUCUGUGAUUAUGUGA